CGUAAUAACAUCGAACGAUAAAUUUUACUGACCAUCGUUUGUUUUAAGCACCAAAAUGGAUGAAAGUGAGAAAAACUCCCAAGAAGUUGUCUCUGAAGAUAAUCUGGGUGAACAUGACAUUGUCGUUUCAGACGACGAAAAAUACGUUUGCGAUAUUUGCCAAGAAGCAUUUAAACAAGAAUCAAGCAUGAUAACUCACCGAGACAUAAUUCACAAUGAUCUAAAUGAUUUCGCCUGCGACAAUUGCGCCAAGAAAUUUGCGAAAAAAUCGAGUUUGUUUACGCACCAAAAAAUGGUACACAAACAUCGUGAAGAUUUCUCAUGCCAUAAGUGCCAAAAAAAGUUUGAAAAUAAAUCAUCUUUACUUAAGCACAAAAGAAUAUUCCACGAAGUUUUCAAUAAUUACUUAUGUAACAAUUGCGGGAAGAGAUUCGGAAAUAAAAAUAGUUUGCUCCUUCACAUAAAAAAUGUCCACGAGGGCCGUAAAGAUUUCGCUUGCGACAAGUGCGAAGAAAAAUUUGUGUAUCAGAGUCAUUUGAAUAGGCACCAAAUGAUUGUACACAAAGGCUACAAAAAAUUCGCUUGCAACAAGUGCGAAGAAAAAUUUUCGUAUCAAAGUCAUUUGAGUAGGCACCAAAUGAUUGUACAUAAAGGCCGCAAAAAUUUCGCUUGCGACAAGUGCGAAGAAAAAUUUUCGUAUCAAAGUCAUUUGAAUAGACAUCAAAUGAUUGUACACAAAGGCCGCAAAGAAUUCGCUUGCGACAAAUGCGAAGAAAAAUUUGUGUAUCAAAGUACUUUAAAUAGGCACCAAAUGAUGGUACACAGAGACCGCAAAGAUUUCGCUUGCGACAAGUGCGAAGAAAAAUUUUCGUAUCAAAGUCAUUUGAAUAGGCACCAAAUGAUUGUACACAAAGGCCACAAAGAAUUCGCUUGCGACAAAUGCGAAGAAAAAUUUGUGUAUGAAAGUACUUUGAAUAGGCACCAAAUGAUGGUACACAAAGACCGCAAAGAUUUUGCAUGUGAUAGUUGUGAGCUCAAAUUCGAGCGCAAAAGGCUUUUGAUCAGGCACCAAAAAGAAAUACAUGAAAGUCGAAUCGUUUAUGCACCCAAAAAGAGUAAUCCAUCGGACUCGAGUAGCCACCAAGAAAUGGUCUAUGAGAGUCACGAAAAUUUUGCCUGCGAAGUCUGCGGUAGAAAAUUUAGUUAUCGUAAUGAUUUGACCCGGCACAUGAAUUGGGUGCACGAAGGUCGCGAUGAUACAGUUUGCGACCAGUGCAAUAAGAAAUUUUCGUUUCGAGGAAAUUUGUUAAGACACCAAAGAGUAACCCACGAGGGUCGCAGAGAUUUCGAAUGUGACAUGUGUGGAAAGAAGUUUGGAUAUAAAAAAAGUUUGCUUCUACAUCAAGCAGCAGCCCACAAAUGUCGCAGAGAUUACGUGAAUGACAAUUACGAGAGCCGAUUUAGACAAAAUCAGCAAUCGUUCGCCCACCAGGAGACAGUCCAUGAAAAUCGCCAAAAUUACGUAUUUGCAAGUUUCAGAGAGACAUUUGAGGUUUCAAGCAAUUUGAUAACCCAUCAAGAAACAGCUCAAGAAAGUUACAAAGAUCACGUAUACGACAAUUGCGAGGACAAAAUUGAACAAAAACAGCAAUCACUCACCCACCAAGAGUCGUUACACGAAGAUCCCAAAGAUAAAAUAUGUGAAAAUGUCGAGAAAACAUUUGAAGAUCAAAGACAUUUGAUCAAACGCCAAAAAAUAAGCCAAGAAAAUCGCCAAGAUGACGUAUGUGGAAGUUUCGAGGAGACGAUUGUGGUUCUAAGCGGUUUGAUCAUACACCAAGAAACAUCCCAAGAAGGACAGAGAGAUGACGCCGCCAAUAACGAGAGCGAAUUUGAACAAAAACAGCAAUCGCUCACCCACCACGAGACCUCACACGAAGAUCCCAAAGAUAUCAUAUGUGAAAAUGUCGGAGAGACAUUCGAGGCUCGAAGCAAUUUGAUCAUCUACCAAGAAACAAUCCAAGUAGGUCCUAAAAAUGACGUAUGCGACAAAAAUGAGAGUAAACUUGGACAAGAACAGCAAUCGUUCACCCGCCAAGAGACGUUACAAGAAGAUCCUAAAGAUGGCAUAUGCGAAAAUGUCGUGGAGACAUUCGAGGCUCGAAGCAAUUUAAUCACCCACCCAGAAACAGCCCAAGAAGGUCACGAAGAUGAUGUAUUUAACAAUUGUGAGAACAAAAUUGGAAAAACACAGCAAUCGCUCCCCCCUCAAGAAACAGCCCAAGAAAAUCAUGAAGAUUAUGUGUAUGAUAAUUGCGAAAAUAAAAUUGAACAAAACCAUGAAUUGCUCAUCCACCAAGAAACAGCCAAAGAAAGUCACGAAGAUGACGUAAUCGACGAUGUCGAGAAAAACCUUGAACAAACACAACCAUUGCUCACCCAUCAAAAAAUAGUACUCGAAGCUCCCAAACUGCCCAUCCACCAAGAAACAGCCCAAGAAAGUCACGAAGAUGACGUAAUCGACAAUGUCGAAAAAAACCUUGAACAAACACAACAAUUGCUCAGCCUCCAUAAGUCGGUACAUGAAGAGUUUAAACAUUACUUAUGUGAUAACUCCGGCGAGACAUUUGAGGAUCCAAGCAGUUUGAUUAAACACGAAAAAAUAGUACACGAAGGUUUGAUGGAAACUGAUAAAGAUGACUUAUGUGAUAAUCCCGGGGAGAUAUUUGAGGUUCCAAGCAGUUCGCUCGCCCACCAAGAAACGGUCCAAGAAGUUCACGAAGAUGACGUACUCGAUAAUUGUGAGAACAAAAGUCAAAAAAUACAGCAAUCUCUCACCCCUCAAGAAACAGCCCAAGAAAAUCCUGAAGAUUGCGUAUAUGACAAUUGCGAGGACGAAAUUGAGCAAAACCAGCAAUUGCAAUUGCUUACCUCCCAAGAGUCAGUACACGAAGGUCCGAAAGAAUACUCAUGUGAAAAUUUCGCGGAGACUGAUAAUCCAAGCAGUUCGAGCAGACAUCAAGAAACAGCCCACGAAAUUAAAAAAGAUUUUUUAUGUGACGACUGCGGGAAAAUAUUUGAGGAUCAGAGCGAUUUGGCUAAACACCAAAAAAUAGUACACGAUGAUGAAAUACAUUACUUAUGUGACAAUUCCGGAGAGACAUUUGAAGAUCAAAGAAGUUUAAUCGAACGCCAAAAAGUAACCCACGAAAGUAACAAAGAUUUCUUAUGUGACAAUUGUGGGCAAACAUUUGAGGAUCAGAGCAAUUUCACCAAACACCAAACAACAGCUCAUGAAGGUGGCAAAGAUUACUCAUUAUGUGAAAUUUGCGGGGAAAUUUUUGAGGAUCCAAGCAGUUUGACUAGACACCAAGAAAUAUCACACGAAGAUGGCAACGAUUGCUUAUUAUGUGAAAAUUGUGGAGAGACAUUUGAAGAUUUAAAUAGUUUGACCAAUCAUCAAAAAACAAUUCACGAAGAACAAGAAAAUCUCGAAGAUGACUUAUUAUGUGAGAUUUGCGGGGGGACAUUUAAGGAUCUAAGAACUUUGACUAGACAUCAAGAAACAACCCACGAAAGUAGCAGAGAUUAUUUGUGUGAAAAUUGCGGGGAAACAUUUGAGGAUCUAAGCAUUUUGAUUAGACACCAAAAAAUGAUACACGAAGGUGGCAAACAUUACUUAUGUGACGAUUCCGAAGAGAUUUUUGAGGAUCAAAGGAGUUCGAUCAAACGUCAAAAAAUAACCCACGAAAGUAGUAAAGUCUUCUUAUGUGACAAUUGCAUGCGAAUAUUCGAGGAUCAGAGCAGUUUGACCGAACACCAAGCCACAGCUCAUGCAUGUGACAAAGAUUAUUCGUUCGAAAAGUGUGGGGAGGCAUUGGAAGAUAGAAGCAGUUUUACCAGAAACCAAGAAACAGACCACGUAGAUCCCAAAGAUCUCGUAUACGUCAAUUGUGAGAACACGAUUGUAGAAAAACAGCAUUUUCUCAUCCUCCAAAAGCCGAUACACGAAGAGGUCAAAGCUUACUUAUGUGACGAUACCGGGGAGACAUUUCAAGAUCGAAGCAGUUUGAUCAAACACCAAAAAAUGAGCCAUGAGAAUAGCAAAGACUCAUUGCGUGACGAUUCCGGAGAGACAUUUGAGGAUCGUAGCAGUUGGACCAGUUUCCAAAAAACAGCCCACGAAAGUGGCAAAAAUUACGCGUGUGACAUGUGCACAAAGAAAUUUGGAACUAAAGGUUAUUUGCUCAUCCAUCAAAGGUCAGUACACGAGGGUCGCAAAGAUUAUGCAUGUGACCAGUGCGACAAGAGAUUUGGACAAAAAUCGGGUUGGUACUAUCACAAGAAGACAGUACAUGAAGGUAGCUACGAAUGCGAGAAAUGCCAAAAAGUAUUCGGAUAUAAAUGUUAUUUGCUCUCGCACAUUAGAACUGUCCACGAUGGUCGCAAAGAUUAUGAAUGUGAUAAAUGCGACAAGACAUUUGGAGUAAAAGGUAAUUUGACAUUGCACAUAAAAAGAGCCCACCAAGGUCACUAAGAUCAUGUAUGUGACAAGUGCGAGAAGCAAUGUAGACAAAAAAUGCAUUUGCUCAAACUCGAAAAAACUGUUUAUGAAUAUU